CCAACCACACAGAGCGUUCCCCUUGCAGAUAGCGUUGGGUUGGUUGCGGGAAAUUGGACUGGGUGUGUGUGAGCGCGUGCACGACCGCACUACCCUAUCCCCCCCCCUUUUGGCCACCCUGGCCCUCGUUUCCUGCUUUGGAAGCUGUCUCGGCGCUGGUUUGAGGGUCUUGGCUCUCAUUAGUAUCCCCUUUUUCAAGGACCACUCCUCCCACCCCUUCUUCUCUCUCUUGCCUACCCAUUCUCCCACAACACUUCACGACACUCACUCUUUCUCCUUUGAUUUUUUUCUUUCCUUUCCAUUUUUAAUUGCUCCGUCAUCGUUUCGCCGGGCGUAAGCGGUAUACACCAGAGGCGAUACACUGUCCUCAUCCGCUGCUACCACAAGCAAACAUACUAUCUCAACAUUUAACCUAGUCAGCCCUUCGGCAUUACAGAAUUUCACCGUCGCUCUUUAUACAACACAUUAUUUGGCAAUCUACAAACAUUCACAAUGCGCUUCACUGUUGCGGCUCUUGGUGCAUUGGGAUUCCUUGGCAGUGUAGCCACAGCCAUCAAUACUAUUGAGCUCAAGGGCAGACACUUCGUCGAUAGCGUGACCGGAAAGGAGUUCUUCGUACGUUGUCCUCAGGGCCCUUCGAGCAGGCACCGCUCAGUGCUAAUUUGCUAAUUGAUGCUAUGUAGAUUAAAGGGGUCGAUUACCAACCUGGUGGUGCCGCUAGUGUCGAGAAGGGAGGAGACCCCCUGACCGAUCGCGAUAAGUGUGCUCGUGAUGUCUACCUUUUCCAAAAACUCGGUAUCAACACAAUUCGGGUCUACUCCGUAGAUCCCACCCAAGAUCAUAACGAGUGUAUGACGAUAUUAGCGGCUGCUGGUAUCUAUCUGGUUUUGGACGUCAACACUCCGCUUGAGCAUCAGCACUUGAACAACGAGGAGCCAUGGACUACGUACACUUCCAUGUACAUGGAGCACAUAUUUGGUGUUAUGGACGUGUUCUCUGGGUAUGAUAACACGUUGGCCUUCUUGGCUGGUAAUGAAGUUAUCUUCGACCCCGCCUCCGCUAAGGCAUCUCCCAAUUAUGUCAAGGCUGUUGUGCGUGACAUGAAGGCCUACAUCACCAACCAAAUUCACAGACGGAUCCCUGUUGGUUAUUCCAAUGCUGAUGACUUGAGGUUCCGUAAGGCUCUUGCUUCUUAUCUUGAAUGUGGUGACACUGGAUAUAUUGAUUUCUGGGGUGUCAACUCGUAAGUUUUCCUCCGGGUUGCAUUCGGAGAUGACUCUAACGUGUUUUGAAGGUACCAGUGGUGUGGUAAGAACACCUUCGAGGGGUCGGGUUAUGAUAAGCUUGUUGAGGACUAUAAGGACUACUCUCUUCCUAUCUUCUUCACCGAGUAAAACCUCCAUUCACUUUAUUAUCUUGACAACUUUGAUAUUAACGAGUGAUUAGGUAUGGUUGCAACAAAGUCCGCCCCAGAAUCUGGCAGGAGGUCGACGCUCUUUACUCUGAGAAGAUGACCGGCGUUUUCUCCGGCGGUUUGGUUUACGAGUUCACCCAAGAGGCCAACGACUAUGGUCUCGUUACCAUCAAGGAUGAAAAUGCUGAAAUCCUUGGCGAGUUUGAUUCUCUCAGUGACGCGUUCGCGAAAACCCCUAAGGAGCCAACCAUUCCCUCCGGUGCUAGCAGCCCAAAACGCCCUGUUGAUUGCCCUGCGGCGAGCACGAUGACCGGCAUCACCGCCAACUUUACUCUUCCCACCACUCAAGGUGCUGAGUAUAUCAAGAACGGUGUCGACGGGACCAAGUUCGUGAAGGGAAAAUUCGUCACAGGCCCUACUUUCACUACCACUCAUAAAGUUACCGAUAGUGGGGGUAAUGAGGUCACCGACAAGACUGUCAAGGAAGUCGCUACGUACACGCAGUCUGCUAUCCCUGAUGGGGGCAUUGGAACCAACAUUGGUGGUGGCACUGGAAGCGGUGGGGAGUCCAGUAGUGGAUCUGGGUCAGAUACCGCUUCGGACAAGAAAAAUGGUGCUGGUUCUGCCAAGAGCAUCACCUUCGGGUGGUCGCUCGGUUUGAUCGCAGUUGGGUUUGCCGCCUUCUUGUAAAAUUGGCUUGAGUGCCCUUUGUUGCGGUUGUGAAAUGAUUUCCUUGUUUGUUUUUUUGGUGUUAUAACGGGUAGAAUCUAAUCAGUAGAUGGAGGGGAAGUCCCGAUCUGCCCUUCAUCUAUCUAUCUCCGGAUCUGUAAGUCGGUCACGUUUGUGAUUAAGUUGAGCAACAGGAACGGACUUAUUUAGAGGCUCUUACAUAUUUUUCUUGCAUUUCUUCACGGGCCUUCGGACGAUUUUGAUUCGGAGCGCUGUGGAUUGGGUGUCCUUGUUUUCGCUUUACGAUAUUCUCGCGCCUUUUUUUUUAUAUAUCGUUCCCUCCUAGUUUUCGCUUGUAAACUGUGCAAAAAAAAUUCAUUCCUGCGUUGUCGAUCUUCUGGAUGGUGUGCUCGCAAAGUAGUUGAUGUCAAGGCCUUUUAUAUCGUGGUCUGCCGGACAGCCAGGUCACAGGAUAUUGUGAAGUACGCGUCGGUUGCGUCCACUGACGCGUCAUAUUAUUCGAGUUUGGAUAAGUGGGGACCGGCAUACUGUCCAUGGGAGGGGACUUGGGGGGGCUAUUUGUAGGAACUGUUUCAAGUACUGCACACGGACCGUCUCCUCACACUGCCGCAGUUGCAAAUGUGGUAUCAUACUCAAAUCUGGUGCUGUGCUCGUGCCCGUGUGCUCUUCAAGCUCCAUUCCUUCUCCUUCUCCCUCUCGCUCUAACAUCGUAGCAUUAUUAUCAGCAUCCUAGUUGCCCGCCCUUCCUGGUUAUUAUGGGGAGCAUCGCAGGGGUACUGUGCCCGUGUAUAAUGCUGUGCAGCAGCAACACCUGCUAGUCAAAUUGGCUCCGCAUCGUGCUUGUAACCAAUUCGAUAUUGAGGGACAGGAAGUGUUUGGAGAACGAAUUUUAUUCCAACUGAAUUUGAAUGGGAAGGGGGAAUCGAAGGGGAAAGAAGGUCACAUAGACCGGUGCAGUCUACUU